ACUUAUCGCCUGCGUAAACAGGUCAAUAAGAUUGAAAAUCAGUCUGACCCAAGCCUCCCUUACAGUUGCCAAGUAGAAGGCCGGCCGCCUCCGAUCAAGCCUCUUGGAAGAGGAACACCGCUCCGGUUUGGCUUUGAGAAAAACUCUUCGAGGUUUGUUGACGAGCUUUGGCUGUUACGCCUGUGGCCAAAUACCCCGGCGUCUUAUUUUAUCGUCUUUCGUGUUGAUGAUUCAACGUCACAAGUAGCAGACGUCAUUCGCUCAAGAUGGGGAACAAACUGGACACAAUCUUGCACUUCAUGCGGAAGAACAAAAUCACCGACAUCCGGGACCUUGUGCAUGCGCGGAACUCGAUGAACAAUUUACUUCAAAAUGGCGGUCCUGGCGCCAUCUUAACCCGACAUAUAAACAUUGACGAAUUGCAGUACAGCGUUUCAUCUUUGGUUGAAAAGAUGUCGGAGAAAGAGAUCAAAGAAUACAAAGAACACUUCUCCUUUUUCGACAAGAACAAUGACGGAACGAUCACUGCGACCGAGAUCGGCACAGUGCUGCGGUCACUCAACAUGAAUCCUUCCGAGCAAGAACUGGCAGCCAUGAUACAGGAAGUAGACAAAGACGGUAACGGUACGAUAGAGUUCCCGGAGUUCCUGGACAUGAUGGCGCGUCAAAAAGCGAAGGAUUCAAAACUGACAGAAGACGACAUCGUGCAGGCGUUCAAAAUGUUUGAUAAAGACAAUAAUGGGUUUAUUAGUUUGACAGAGUUACGGGACAUUAUGACGACGCUUGGGGAGGCGCUGACAACAAAAGAAUUGGAGGCAAUGGUUCGAGAGGCUGACAUGGACGGCGAUGGACAGAUUGAUUACAAAGAGUUUUCGAAAAUACUUUGCGGGGUAAUGGAGAAGGCGUAACGCGACAUUAACAUCGUUCUCCAAGCACAUCGAAGUAUAUUCUCCCUGCCAGUACUGACUUCCAUUCUAAAGUGACGUUCCUGGUUCCUGGUCAGUUAAUUCCAGGCUGAUUGAUCGCUAAAAUUCUGGUAUCUUCACGCAGCUG